CAUCCUUUCACAUAUACAAAUGGCUGCCUAGAAGACAAGAAGCAGAGCUAGAAUUAUUCAACCUCUCGUUUCUAUCAUAUUCACCUUGCUUGAUCCCGCAGCACCUUUUGGUGGAUGCCAAUUUUUCGCUUUACUAACGCAAGAAAGAAAGACAUUCCCUCUCGGAAGGGGAAGAAUGGAGACACAGAAUCAGGACAAAGCACCAGCCCAGAAACGACUGGCCUGCGACCGCUGCCAUGCUCGAAAACUACGCUGUCUCAGAGGUGACUCAAUGGCUGCGUGCAGUCGUUGCAUCCACGAUGGAUUCGACUGUACCUAUAGCCCACCGUUGAAGUCAGGACGGCCUAAGAAAAGCAUCCCUCCCACCAUACACAACAUCGCUUCAGGAACACCGGCCAUCACAAACUCUGAUGAUUGCAGUCUAUACAGCGGUAGCAACAACAGCAGCAGUAACUCAAGCAUUAUAACACCCCGGUUGUCGUACAUGUCGCACGUGAACACAGGCGUGGAAGCGUUCCAUGACCGCGUACCUGUGUCAGACGAAACCGACAUAUUAACCCAGAUUGAUGACACAACGCUACUACCAUCAACAUGCCCCACAACUCCCGAAAGCUUCGCGUGGCUCGACCUGUUAAAAGAUGACGAAGGCCCAUCAUUAUUUCAAUACCAUCACCAUAACAACCACAUAUCAGAUACACAUCCAAAUAAUAGAAACAGAGAGAUUGAGAGGGAUUCGCGCUUGAACGAUUUCGGCUUGGCAAUCGCCCGCGAGUCGGACACGCCGAAUGAGAUGCCAUGGUCGCAAUCCAGCGCAGGCAGCAACGAGGGCGGCAGCAGAGGCGACAGCAAUAUCGCCGAGGUUAUGCAAACAUUGUCACGCUUGCAGCAAGAGCUUCUUCAGUUUAAAAGGCCUUGUUCAGAUAUAGCUAGCGAUGCGAUAAACAGCAGCAGGCGAAUCCCUCAGAAUCCCGUGAGCGCAGUCCUCAAACCCGGUCAAGAGCUUUUGAAUGUAGUCCGCCGACUGUUUGAUGAGUGCGCAAAGGGUCAACAUAACGAGCUACAAUUUUCCAACCAGCAGAUGAUUCAUCUGCUGGUUUUGACACCAUUAUCAUUAUUAGUUUCAGCAUACAGCAAGGUAUUAUGGGAAAUUACCUCGGCCUUGCAUCAGUUUCAAGCCGGUCAGGGCCAGGGGACAAACCCUCAUCUCUUGAAGCCGCUUCCGUCUGUCAGAGACUUUGGUGAAAACCGAUCAAAGGGAAAUCUUUCCAUUUAUGGUUUGUCCCACCCCCACUGUCCAAGUCUGGGCCCUGAAGAAUUCAACUUGACGUUGGGUGAAAUGGAUCUUGACGGGCCGCUGCAGUUGGUUCUUGUCAUAACCGUUGUCAAGCACCAUCUAACCUGUCUGGAUCAUGCCCUGCACGUCUAUCAGACAAAAUGCAUGCAGGCUCCCCGGGAAUUUGGCAUCUCGGAGGGACUUUUCUCAACCACAAUAUCAGAAUUGAGAUCAUCCAUGAAGGUGAUCAUAUCGGAGGCUGGAGACCUUCUAUAGCAAGCAAAGGUAAUGAGAACGAGCCUUUUGAUGUUGGAAGACUUAGCUGGAAGAACAAUAUGGACUGGAAGGAAGGAGAGUUCAAUAUACCGGCGGGCAUGUAGAAAUAUUGCCGAAAGUCUGAGCGUCUGCAACCCAGUAUCCCUGCUUGCGUCUGAUUAUUUGCAGAAUCCUUCUUUGAAUGAUUUUGAGUUUGUACGUAGUUAGCGAGAUAUACCAUACAU